AUGGACCUCUUCGCUGCCACCUGCGACAACUUCUGCCCGACAAUCAACGCGGACAAAACGGUGAUCAUGCAUCAACCGUCAACGAACUUUGAAUACAACUCUCCCCAGGUCACUGUCAACGGCAACCAACUCCAAACCGCGGACAACUUCGUCUAUCUAGGAAGCACACUCACGCGUAACACAAAUAUCAACGAUGAGGUUGGCCGUCAGUCCUCCAAAGCUAGUCGGGCCUUCAGUCGACUGCAAGAAUGCGUGUGGAAUCGCCACGACCUUCAAAUGAACACCAAAUUGAAGAUGAACAAGACCGUCGUCUUGACGGCACUCCUGUACGGAGCGGGAGACUUGAAACGUCUACGCAGGCCAUGUCAGGAAGCUCAACUGCUUUCAUUUCGGCUGCCUCCGCGGAAUACGGAGAGUGAGAUGGCAGGAGAGGAUCCCGGACACGGAAAUCCUGGAACGAACCGAAAUUCUCAGCACCCACGCCAUGCUGAGACAACUGCAACUGCGAUGGAGCGAUCAUCUGCUGAGAAAGGACGACACUCGUCUACCAAAACAGCUUUUCUAUGGUGA